AUGAUAGCCAAUGAUCCCCAUCGCAGUGUUAGAGAGCGCAUGGAAAAACUCAAGGUUCCCUUCUCUUUGGAUUCGUCGCCACCACACAAACCUUGCCCCAUUUUCUCUCCACCUCCCUUCCAUCUCAGUCUUAGAGGUUCCCUUUCUCUCCAUUUCGGUGCCAGCAGACUAACCUUGGUCGAUUCCCUCUCCACUUCCACUCCAUCUCAGGCUUGGCAGUCACUGAGAUCAAUAUCAAAUCUUUCAAUCUUCAUCUCUGACUCCAUCAUUAACACCACACAACCAAACUCUAAAAACAAUAUCGUCGACCACCACCACCACAAGCCACCUUCACCAUCACGUUCCUCCUCGUCUAUUUCAACAAACACAAGACACAAUUCUCGGCCAAAAUCAGACUGGGAGAUAACACCGUGCCCUUUGCCAGAAACAAUGCAUAACACUACUCAUAGAAGACGUUUGGCGCCAAUUGUAGAAGGGCUAAUAGGUGGUGGUCUUGUCAUCAUUUCCAAAUGGUGGAGGAAGUCUAAAACAACUAACGAGGAUGUCGAAGUUCCAGCUAAAAUACCUGUUAGGUUUUCAUAUCAAGAUCUACGUGUUGCCACAGAUACUUUCAAGGAAAUAAUUGGAAGAGGAGGCUUCGGGUCUGUGUUCAAAGGAGUACUAGCUUAUGGAACAAGAAUCGCAGUAAAGCGUUUGGAUAACUUAGAGCAAGGAAAAAAGGCAGUUUUAGCAGAAGUUGAGACAAUCGGACGCCUGCACCAUUGUAACUUGUUGAGAUUAAUAGGAUUUUGUUCAGAGAAAUCAUACAAAAUUUUAGUAUAUGAGUACAUGAGUAAUGGAUCAUUAGAUAAUUGGAUUUUUCAGAAUGGCCAUAGACCUUGCCUUGAUUGGCAGACCCGAAAAAAGAUUACACUUGAUAUUGCAAAAGGGCUAGCUUAUCUUCAUGAAGAAUGUCAACAGACCAUAAUUCAUUUCGAUAUAAAGCCGCAGAACAUUCUGUUGGAUCCUAAUUUCAAUGCCAAAAUUUGUGACUUUGGGUUAUCUAAGGCCAUGGAUACAGAAACGGGCCAAGUUGAAAUCUCAGUGAGAGGAACCCCUGGAUAUAUUGCUCCAGAAUGGUGUAAAUUAGCACCAGGUUCUCGAAUCACCUGA